CAUCGGCGUGCUUCUGCAGCAGCCAUUGGCGUAGAGAGGCGUUUCUCAACGCGCUCCCUCCUCGCCUGAUCAGAGCGUCAGUGGGGCUUGUUUGACCUGCAGUAACCUCCCGAAAAUGCUUGGGCCCUGCUGCUGCUGCUGCUGCGGUUAGCGGCUGGAAAGCGUUUGGAUUAGGUCCUGAGAAACCGGUCGUCAAUGGGUUUGGAAUUAUUCUUGCCAUCUCUCUCUUGUCGUCUCUUCCUCCGUCGUUGCCGGCCGAGCGAUCCCCUUGAAUGGAGUCGCGUUCCUGUCCCCUUCACAAGCCCCGACAAAACCGAAAGACGAAAGUUGACGCCGCUGUGCCAGGGCGUCUGAGUUCACCUAAAUCCUACUCGUCCGUCCGAUGUGCCGGCCGAAGAAAAUAACUUCUCCGUGGCAGUGGAAAGUUUUGGGAGUGUUUCCUCGCAUAUAACCAACCGCUGUGUGCUCAGAGUAUCAUUUUCCCUGUAUAAGUAAGUGGAAAAGCUUGGCUGGUAGUUUGAACCUGUCGGUCAAGCCUGGUCUGCUCGACUGGGGAUUUACUGGACUUACCGGCUUUAACGAGUGAAAAAUAUCGCUGCUGGAAAAGAAUUGUCGACUGAGCUGCAGUUUGCAACAAUAGUGCCUAACGACGGUUUAGCCAUCUGGACCCUGAACAAAUCAUGGCUGCUUAUGGCUCCCAGGCUCUUUUCAAUGUGGCCAGAUCAAGGGGAUCCUACCUGCUCGCGCAAAGACCCAGCUGCCAUCCCCUGCCUCCCACAGCCUGUCUCCACUACCACCUGGAGCACGGGAGCAGGUCGUUCCUGUCCAGAAGGCCCGUCGAGUGGGGGUAUAUUUGCUGGGCUCUGCCUCCCGUGAGGUCUGCUUGCUUGCCCUCUCGCUCUCUGCACGGCUCGCACCGCUGGCUUCAGGGCACGCAAGCAGGGCCGGGGGGGGACGGCGCCGACCCGGUGGCACAGGACCCGAAGCCCGCCGCCGGCCCCGUCUCGCCCUCCCCUGCCGGCAGAGAGAAAGCGGUGGCGAGGAAGUCCCUGCGGCAGAGGGUGCUGGACGAGCUCAGACAUUACUAUAACGGCUUCCGGCUUUUGGGGAUCGACACGAAGAUUGCGGGCAGGAUGGUGUGGAGGCUACUGCACGGGCAGCUGCUCACCAGGAGAGAGAGGAGAAGGCUGAUGAGGACGUGCGCUGACCUCUUCCGGCUCGUGCCCUUCAUCGUGUUCAUCAUCGUGCCCUUCAUGGAGUUCCUGCUGCCCGUGUUUCUCAAGCUCUUCCCCGAGAUGCUGCCCUCCACCUUUGAGACUGAGUCCAAGAAGGAGGAGAAACAGAAGAAGGGACUGGCUGCCAAGCUGGAGUUGGCCAAGUUCCUCCAGGAGACCAUUGCAGAGAUGGCCAGAAGGAACAAGGCCCAGACUGCGGACGAAACGGAGAAAUUCUCGUCCUAUGUGCAGAAGGUGCGUCACACAGGGGAGCAGCCCUCCACCAAAGACAUCGUGAGGUUCUCGAAGCUGUUUGAGGACGAGCUGACCCUGGAGCACCUGGAGCGCCCCCAGCUGGUGGCCCUGUGCAAACUGCUGGAGCUGCAGCCCAUCGGCACCAACAACCUGCUGCGCUUCCAGCUGCUGCUCAAGCUGCGCUCUGUCAAGGCUGACGACGAAAUGAUUGUGAAAGAGGGCGUGGCGGCCAUGAGCGUGUCGGAGCUGCAGGCCGCCUGCCGGAGUCGGGGCAUGAGGUCACUGGGCCUGACAGAGGAUCAGCUGCGACAACAGCUGCAACAGUGGCUGGACUUGCACCUUCAGGAGAAUGUUCCUCCCUCCCUGCUGCUGCUGUCUCGUGCCAUGUACCUGACCGACGUCAUGCCAAAACCGCCCAUCAUCCCACCGGUGCCAAAGCUGGAGACAGUAAGCCCUCCCCUCACUGAGAGCACUGAACCCCCAGUGAACGAGAAACCAGCAGCCCCCUCUUUGGAAGUACUGGUCGACCCAGCUCCUGUCAUUCAGGGAGUAAAGGGUGAAGAGAUCUUGGAUAAACCUGCUAAGGCCAUUUCAGAGCCACGUACCCAAAUCGCACAAGUAGCAUCAUCUAAGGGUUCCGAGGAAACGCCGAAAACAAAAGUCAGUGCCAAUGGGAUGGGAAGCCUCUGAGGAACGUGAUGGAAGAUUCCGAGAGGGAUUCAGAUGGAUUAGAUCUGGGCAGAAAGAGAGAUGAAGAUGGAAUGGACUUCGCCAGUUUGCUGCUAUGGGAAGAACAAGGAAAUGGCAUAUUUCUAUGUACUCCAAAAACAUAUUCAAGAACACCCCUGAGAAAAUGGGUUGUAUUUAAAACCUUACUUAAAUUACUUUGAAAAGAUUGGAGUACAGCUCCGAGGAAACAGGUAAUUUGGUUUCACGCCGUCCACUCCAAAGAGCUGUCUUGUUAAAACCAGGAGGAUCGUGGUCUUGCUGCAUUUUCUUUAAGUUGCCAUACUGUCUGAGGAGCAGAGCUUUUUCAGUUGUGUUCACGUCUGAAGCACACUGCUCCUGUCUCGGUAAAGAUGUUUCCAAGAACUCUGUUUGACGGUAAACAUGCCAUCCCAAGGUUCUCAUGUGGUGUGAUUAUACAGCUACACUUAUUUUAAAUAGAAUUCUUUGUUCCACAUUUUUUGGCUACUGCAGCCUUUCAGUCACUUUCCAGUAAAGACUUGAGUCUUAAUGUUUACACUGGUUUUAUCAAAACCAUAUUUACAGUGAUGUAGCAGUUUCAGGACAGGAACUCAUGUUUGUUAAAUUAAUAUCUUUUAUAUAAAAAGCCCUGAACUUCUGACAGGUUGGUUAACUUCAGUAAAUGUCAAGAAUAACCUUACUACUGGCUACAGCUUUGCUCUGUGUAAAAUGUGUAAAUAUUGUAUAUUUGUUUGCAGUUUUUGAAAUAUUAGUGAGCCACAAAACUGCAUUCUGUGGUGGUGACUAAAUACCUUCCCACUAAAUACCUUAGUGAACCUAAGAGGACUGUAAUUGGUAACUCUUCUCUCUUCUCUCACCAUGGAAAGUCAGUAUUCCACCUUGUCAUCCACAUCCUGCUAGGAUGCAGCUGACAGCUGCUUUUUUUAAUGGUACUUCAUCAUCCCUGCUGAAUUUAAGGUCCCAUCUUAAUUCUCAAAGACGGGAUAUACAGAACUGUUAAAAAUAGCAAGGUUACUUGGCCUGCUUUCGGCUUUAUCCUAAGCAUCACUAAUGUGUUUAUAUAUAUAUACCUUUUUAAAUAUUUAUAUUGUUUACAUACUGUGAGAGAUAUGCAUUAUUUGGGAAUAUGAAUUUGAAGUUAUACAUCAUAUAUAUUUUUAAAUUGGUGCAACUUGUAUUACAUAAGUUCUUCAUACUAGUUGUUUGACUUUUUGUGUCUUAUACUUUAUCAGAUAGGUAUUAAUGUCUAAAUGAAGACUGUAAGCGCUCUGAUAUAUUGGAGUUUUAAUUCUGUUGCACAUUUUUUCUUUGAUGACUAACAUGCAAAAUGACGGCACAUAAACCACAAGUCAGACACUUUUCUUGUGUGGCUCCAUCUUUACAAAAAUAAGGGAUUUUAAGUAUAAGAUGGAUGAUUGACAUUUUACAUAUGAACUGGUGCUGCCUUUAUUCUUUUUCCCUAGUGAAAAGUAUGAAUUUAAAGUUUUGGGAAGUAUUACAUUGAGUUUUAACGUUUACCUCAGUCUAAAGCACAGCCCUUCCAGCACCCCGCUGGCCCUGACCUCAGUAACGGUCAGGGCUUGGGGUGGGUUGGCAGAUGGGAUUGCUUCUGGAUUCGCUUUAUUGUGAAUGAACCGUUGCUGGAAGAAGCCAUGAAAAAAGUGGUUUUAUUUUGCUUUUUUCAUUUUUAAUCACUACGAGCAAAGGAGAUGAAACUGUAAACCCAAGUUCCCCAGAUGCAGCAGAUUUCAAAAUGAAUUGAAUUUUAUACGAAUUUUUAAAUAAAUUAAAUUAAAGGGCAAACAGGUGUCUCAGAAAAGAAGUGAACAGGACCAUUAGAAACGCUUAACAUUUCCUAUGAAACUUUCUCUUGCCAAGAUCAGCAAAACCCCAAACAAAAUUCAAAAGGCAUCCAUUUUUUUCCAGCACAUGGUAUACUUCAAAGUUUGCUUUGUCUUGUUCUGCAUGAUUGCACUUUUUCAGUCUGACCUGCCCACCAGCUAAGGCUUUUUCUCCUAUGAUGCGUAUCCAAACCUUAGAAGGUGGUGGCACAGCCUACAACUGAGAUGUUCGGCAUUGCUUCAAUCCUUCAGUGGGAUGCUUGCUUGAUUACACUCCUGUCCUGUUAAUAUUCUUGCAGUGUCCUCCGGGUUCAGAGGUAUGCUAUGUAAACAUACAAACAUUUGUAAUUAUGUAACUACUGUUAUUUUUCAAGUAUUCUCUCUCUUUUCUUAUGUAAUGUUUGGGACAACAAUUUUCCAUUUCUAAAACCUGUAAAAUGUCAGAACUGUACUCCAUAUGCAAAGUAGUCAGUUAUUAGAGACCUUAAAUGUUCUGAAUAACAUGAAAAAAUAGGAUAGCCUUCAGUUACCUUAUGCUGUAGAGAACUCUGGUACUGUUACUGUAAAUUAAGCCCGACAAACGUAAUUCUUAACUAUAUUGCUUUGGGUUGUAUGUAAAGUAUCGCCAAGUAUGCAUACAUGUAUCUGUUACUCCCUUGGAAAUGUCCACUGUAUCAGAUAAGCAGGUUUUGGAGAGAAAAUGUUAUGUUUGACAAUUAAAGUUUGAAGACCUUCAACUUGUAAUUUAGCUUUUUAAUGACAUUUGUUGUUGUGGAGUUAUUAAAAAUUCUAUUAUGUUGUC